AUGGCGACCCAGUGUCGAUGCACCAAGGUCCUGCAAGAAGGUGGUAGAUUGUUGUACGAGAGCUACAUCCAUCGAAAAUCCUUCGGCUUCGCUGCGGAUGCCUUCUGCGAGGUUCUCACAGGUGAGAUGAAAUUGCGCUUUGUCCGUCAUGACACGGGAGAGGCUCGGCUAGAUCACUCCAAGCCGGGCGUCCCCGCCGACAGCCUGAGACCGAAGAGCACAGAGGGUGGCAUGUCGACCCCACGAGGAGCGUUGGAGGUGGCUCCGCGUCCGGGGUCAGCACCUGCUGCGUCAAGCGUGGACGCCAGGACCGACGUGGACGCGGAGCAAAGCAGCAGCCAGGUGGACGGAUGGGCUUUGGAAGCUGAGCCGGCCAGGUGUCGAAUUGAUACCUGGGCACGUGCGUGUGUGCCCAUUCGGAAAGUUGGCCGCAAGUCCGAAGAAUCGCGGAAAGGGCGUGGACAAGUUUGGCGGUCUGGGUCACGCGCAUCCAUUGGAUCCGUCUCUGGCCCGGGAAGCAGGCCGACAUCACGAUUUGGCCCUCAGACCGUUUCGGAGGAGGUGGAGGCACCGAAGGCGCUGACAACAAGAGGCCAACUUAUCCCCCUGGUGGACGAACGCGAGGAAGAUGAGGAAGAAGCUAUGCUCCGAGACUUGAAAGAAAGAGAGGCCAGGAAGAUGCGAGACGAACAAGUUCGCACAGAGCGGAAGGCAGCAGAGAUCGAAGAAGCCGCCAGGUUGGCACAAAUCAAGGAUGACAAGAAGCAGUUCACCUACGAUGCUGACGGCAACGUCAUCUGGGUUCAGCCACCACAAGUCCACAGAUUGCCCAACACGAACCCAGUACCUUCUUUCGUGUGCAAGCAGGAGGAAGUCUCGCAGCAAGACCAGAAAGCACAACCAGAGAAGAAAGCUGCCCGACGCGAUAAACACACCAAGAGCAAAAGGGAAAAUUCCGUCGAUUUCAAGGAUGGUUUCAAGAAGUUCUUGUCGCAGCAACCUUCCAUGAUGGAGGCAAUGGUCAUGUCACCCGGCGUGCAGCUCGAAGAAAGAAACCGAACCAAAAAAGGAGAGAAGGUGAAGAGCAACAAGCCCGCAACCAUGUCGAGGAAGGAGUACGAGGAAAUUUCACAAGGAGCAGCGCCGCCGCGCAGUGAAGAAGGUGGCGCAUCCAAGGCUGCACCCGGCAAGGUGCAAGCGGCGCUGAAGGGCAGCAGCGGCGGCGUAACUGCGUUGCCCGCGGUCGAUGAGGCAUCUAGACCCGCCGAGAUGAGCCUGCCUCGACAAAACCAAGGCCCAGAUGCAGAGCCCAGCAAAGUGGUGCGAUCGGAAGUGGGUUCCGACUUAGUGAAAGCUUCCAGAGAUGCCGUGCGGCCAUUGCAGCCGGCGCCACCGACGACUAGCAAGCGUGUGCAAACGAAGCGGGAUGCGCUGGGCUUUUCAUUGAGCACCCGUGAGCGAAUGCACAUCGAUGCUGGAUCUCGCUUCCCGGGCUGCGCUGCCCAGCCACCUCUGGGUGCUACGAUGGGGCAUGGAUUGGCUCCAAGUGCACAGAAGUACCAGGACUAUUUCUUUCCCAGCGCUUCCGGAGAUGUCGGGGAACAGGCCACCGGGGAGUCUGAGCAAAUCCUCCCAGCAGAGAACGCUGAAGGUCAAAUCGUCAGCAAGAAUCCUCAACUCAAGCACCGACUUUUCGGGACUCGGUAG